AUGUCUUCGAAUUCAUCUCCUCAACAAGAAACAACUUCUUCCCUUCAUCAACAACAACAACCACAUGAUUCUUCCAAAUCAUCCAAAGUAGAAAAAGUAGAAGCUGUUGAACAUGUUGUUGAGGAAUCUCCCAUGCGUUAUCUUGCCUAUGGUGCUCGACUCCGAACAUUGAUUACGGCCGGAGCUCGUUAUUUGGCCUAUACUUCUGAUGUGGGUGAGGCUUUCAGGCCCAUUGUUCAUCCUCUCAUUGUCAAGGGAGCCUAUGCCAUUUCUUGGGCCUAUGUGUUAGGAGAUGUCGGACUUCAAACUUACAAUGAAAAACAAAAAAACUCUCCAACGAGUAUUAUUCUGAGAACUUGCACAAAGACAGCCCUUUUCCAAUCGACUGCCUCCAUGUUGUUGCCAGCUGUCACUAUUCAUCAAACAGUUCAUUGGACUGCUAAACUCAUGUUAAAAUUUGGUGCUAAGAGUCGUGUCAUUCCAACGGCUGCUGGUUUGGCAAUGCUUCCUUUAUUGCCAUUUAUGUUCGAUCAUCCUGUGGAAUAUGUAGUUGACAAGUUAUAUGACAAGUUUUGGCCAGUGGAUCAUCACUCAUAUGACUCGAUUCACAACAAGGAGAAACAACAUUGA